AUGGACUCUAAAAUAGAAACUCCGAGUCAUAAUGAAUCAAGUAGCAACUAUGAGUAUGAGAGGUUUUCAUCUCAGACGGCGUCACAGAUCCUCUGGAGCACUGGAAUGCUUUCUGAACCAAUCCCAAAUGGUUUCUACUCUGUUAUACCCGAGAAAAGGCUCAAAGAACAAUUCGAUAAUAUCCCUACUUUGGAGGAGCUUAAUGCAUUGGGGCUUGAGCGUUUAAGAGCUGAUGUCAUACUUGUACAUGCAGAGAAAGAUAAGAAACUUUGUAUGCUAAAGCAACUGAUUAUGGCGCUGGUGAAAGGUUUGACCUCAAAUCCUGCAGCAGUGAUAAAAAAGAUUGCUGGAUUGGUGUCUGAUUUUUAUAAACGGCCGAAUGUGGAACUGAGUCCAGCAAAAGCUGCACUGGACGAAGCUUCUCAAUUGUCUGACAAUCGAGGUGUCCAGAUGCUGGGGCAAAUAAAGCAUGGUUCAUGUCGUCCUCGAGCAAUUUUAUUCAAAGUUCUUGCGGAUACUGUAGGUCUUGAAAGUUGCCUAAUGGUGGGGUUGCCUAAUGAAGGAGCUGCUGACUGUGUAGACUCAUAUAAGCACAUGUCCGUAAUAGUUUUCUUGAAUUCCAUUGAACUAUUGGUUGAUCUCAUGCGGUGUCCUGGUCAAUUGAUACCCCGAUCUACCAAGGCAAUUUUUAUGACCCAUAUUUCUGCUGCUGGGGAAAGUGAUUCUGCAGAAAAUGACUCCUGUGAUUCGCCACUAGAGCCGAACAGUCCACUAUAUGGCUAUUCAGAGAGAGUCGAUCCUGAGAGUACUGAGAAAGAUGACGGCCUCCAAUACCAGCGGAGAUUAGAAGCAUCUUUAAAUGUGCAAGGGCCUUCUUUGAGGAAUAUGAUGCUGCGAUCCUCCACCUACAUGGACAGAAAAAUGAGUUUAUCACAUAGCGAACCCAAUGUUGCAGCUACAUUUUGGCGGAGGAGCCGCAGAAAGGGGUUGCCUAAUGAAGGAGCUGCUGACUGUGUAGACUCAUAUAAGCACAUGUCCGUAAUAGUUUUCUUGAAUUCCAUUGAACUAUUGGUUGAUCUCAUGCGGUGUCCUGGUCAAUUGAUACCCCGAUCUACCAAGGCAAUUUUUAUGACCCAUAUUUCUGCUGCUGGGGAAAGUGAUUCUGCAGAAAAUGACUCCUGUGAUUCGCCACUAGAGCCGAACAGUCCACUAUAUGGCUAUUCAGAGAGAGUCGAUCCUGAGAGUACUGAGAAAGAUGACGGCCUCCAAUACCAGCGGAGAUUAGAAGCAUCUUUAAAUGUGCAAGGGCCUUCUUUGAGGAAUAUGAUGCUGCGAUCCUCCACCUACAUGGACAGAAAAAUGAGUUUAUCACAUAGCGAACCCAAUGUUGCAGCUACAUUUUGGCGGAGGAGCCGCAGAAAGGUCAUUGCUGAACAACGGACUGCAAGUUCAAGGUUUUUCUAA